CACUAAUGCAUGGGUUUUUAGUAAUGAUUAGGCGCACUAAUGCAUGGGUUUUUAGUAAUGAUUAGGUACAGUAAUGCAUGGGUUUUUAGUAAUGAUUAGGUACAGUAAUGCAUGGGUUUUUAGUAAUGAUUAGGUACAGUAAUGUAUGGGUUUUUAGUAAUGAUUAGGUGCACUAAUGCAUGGGUUUUAAGUAAAUAUUGAACAUGUUAACUAAAAGUAAUUGUACUAGAGGCGUGCGUCUUACCAGCUAAGCAUCCAUCGCAGGCAAUGGAUGGAUUAGGAGUGGGUGAGAGGAGGCUGGUGACCUGAACCUAGUAUCAGGGUGCUAGUCCCCUGCAGAAUCAGCGCUGUGUUUUGUGAAGGUGUGCAAUAGGGGCGUGUGAGUCCGGGUUCGGGUUCGGGUGCUGCCAGGGUGCUUGCAGGCACAGUGUCCACGCGCAGAUGGGAUAGUGCAUCGAUUUCCACAAAGGCUGUGAAAAUAUGAACAACUGUGCAGCUUCACAUUAAACUUGGCGUUAAAAAGUCUUGGUGUGAGAGUUUAGCAUUCCGAAACAAACAAACAAACAAACAAACAAACGCGUGAGAAUGAUGGCAGCAAACGAUUGGCCCGUCAAUUAAGCGCUCGCUGUCUCCACACAGCUUAUAAACACCCCGAGGGCAGUGAGCGAGUAUACAGCCUGACUCUCCGGGACUGUAGCGACAAGUGGCUGCGGAACAAACAAACAAACAAACAAACAAACAAACAAACAAACAAACAAACAGUGAUGUGUUGGAGCGGGCAGAUGACUCUGCCGCCUUGCUUACUUCUGGCGUGCUUGCUGCUUGGAUUCGGCCAGGCUGCCUUCUCCUGGACCGGGGAGAACCCGCCGCUGCAACCAGAGAAUGCGGCUCCCGACCUCGACUCCUUCUUCGCUAACGGCCCAAGCGAGGACGAUGACGGCGGCGAGACUGCCUCCGUCGGUCCGGCCCUUAAACCGGAGCAACCCCGAUUAACCUGCUACGAGGAUAGGAUGACCCUCAAAUUACCGGGCAACGGCGUGAAUGCGCUCAGUGUGAGAGUGAAGAAUCGCCUUGUCCCAGUCACGAGCCUGGUUGGGUUUUGCAAGUACAGCGUGACGUUUAGUGGGGACUACAGCUUGUUUACAGCCUCCUUCAAGGGCUGCAGCGUGAAGAUCCGGGAAAUAGAUGGGAUCCUCUCCUUUGUGCUCACUGUGUUCUCAAGGACGGGGGGUGCAGGGCUGGUGAUGAGGUGUCCAGAGAACACCCCCAAAGUUCUUCCCAAUGCAGCCUGUGGGGUCACCACUGUAACCUUUGAACUGCCAGAGGGACCCCUAGAGGAGGUCACAAUCACAAACCUGUCUGGUUUGGAGAUGCUGAUCAACGAUGCCCCAGAUGAAUGUGCUUUCUACCUGAUGAAGGGAGAUGGGAUGAAUGUGCUCACAAUCCCUUACUAUGCCAAGGAUGAAGGCUGCCCUCUCCUAACACAGAACAAUACCCUGGUGUUCCCUGUGACGUACAAGGAUGUGGAGGGACGACCAGGCUCCAUAGAGCAGAGGUGUCUCCCAUUCGAACCCCCAGCUAUCUGUGGCCCCACCAGCAUGAGUACAGAUCUGCCAGAGGGGCCACUAGACCAGGUCUUCAUCCUGGAUGGGAAGAACAGUCUGGUUGCUGUGAAGGCUAAUGGCAGCUGUGGCUAUCGGCUGGUCCAGGGGAUUGGGAAGAAUUACUUCAUGGCUCCGUACAAUGCUUGUGAUGUGUUGAAACAGAACAUUGACAGCCAUGUCUACUACUCGCUGUUGGUUUCGUUCUCUGGUAUAAACAAGGUGACUCGCUUGAGGCAUAUGAAGUGCCGUGUCCUGGCUAAGCGCGAGAUCCUCCCUCCUCCCUCUCUCCCUCCCCACCCUGCUGCCGUCUCGGUCUCCUGCAGCGAGGGGUGCAUGACUGUGCUGCUGCCUGCCGGUCCCCUCGAUCUGGUCAAAGUCAAGGAUGACUCCAAUAAUCUGGUUGAGGUGCAGUCUGCACCAAGUGCCUGCGGCUACACUCUAGAGGAGAAGGAUGAAAAGACAGUCUUUACAGUGUCUUACACAGCCUGCCAUGUCAAGACCUUGAAUAACUUUUAUGUCCUGACUGUGCUCUUCACACUCUACUCGGGAGUGAUGAGGGAGGUGACGGUAUCUUCCUGCCCUGUACCCCCAAAUCUCAUCCCCAGAGAAGGCUGUAUGAUCCCAGCUGAGCAGCAGCUUCCCUGUGGCCCCUCUAAGAUCUCUCCAGCACAGUGCCGGGCUAGAGGCUGCUGCAUGAACUCCAGAACCUCCCGCUGCUUCUAUCCUCUAGAGAUGUGCACAGCAGACAAGCACUUUGUAUUUGCUGUUUACCGCAAGUCUUUCAAUACUGAGAUCAACACUGCCAGUCUGGCGAUCGCUGGGGACCAGUCCUGCCUCCCAGUUCUCUGCACUCCAGACUAUGCUAUCUUCAAAUUCCCAGUCACUGGCUGUGGGACCCGCACUUUUGUUGUAGGGGAGACUACAGUCUACCUGGCUGAGGUGCAGAGCUUGAUCCAACAAAGACAUUGGAGCUAUGGGAUCAUAACCAGCGACAGCCCCUCCAGUCUCAUUGUGGAAUGUCGUUAUUCUAAGAAGAACUUGGCCAGCACUGGGUUCCUGGUAAAGACCCCCACAGCCUUCCACCCCGCCCCUCACCUGGGGUUGUUCGAGGUGCAGUUACAGAUUGCUAAAGAUGGGACCUUCUCCCAGUUCUACCCCUCCUCCAGCCUGCCCCUGAGUCUCCUCCUGGGAAGCAGAGUUUACCUUGAGCUGAGUCUGAUCAACCCCACUGACCCCAGCCUGGUUCUGCUGGUGCACUACUGCAUUGCAUACCCUCACUCCUCCAGCGCUGUGUGGGUGCUGCUGUACCAGGGUUGUCUGAAUGUCCUGGAUUAUGGCAGCUCUGCUACACUGCAUGUCCACGACCAGCCCCCCAACUCCAAACUCAGACGACGCUUCAGUCUCCGAACAUUCCAGUUCCUGAGCAGUGGGCUAGCCCUGGAUGAGGAGUGGAGUUGA